AGCGUCAGCUCCAACCAAAUUAUCCACAGAGUCCCCCUGAGCUCGCUCGCACGCCGCGGCCGGGUAACACCACCACCGGGCGCCAUGGCCUCCUCCUUCCUCUCCCUACGCCUCCCUACCCCCUCCCCGCCCACCGCGACGUCGUCCCCGUUCUUCCCGAAUCCCCUAGUCCGGUCUGGAAGGUGCAGUCCGCCGUCCUCUACCCUCGUGGCGCGUGUUGCCGGGUCGGCGGCGGGGGCUCCGUCGCCGUUGUUCAACCCGAGGGGCGACCCGUUCCUAUCCACGCUAGCCGCUGCUUCUCCAGAGCAGCUCGCGGCAGCUGCGGGUGGCGAACGCCGCGGCGAGGACCACCUUCCGUUCCUCGAGAUCUUCCAGAACGCCAAGCUCAUGUCCUCGCCCGCGCAGGUGGAACGUUCUAGCAGCUCUUACAGUCAGCACAGUCCUAGAAGGCCUCCUCCGGAUUUGCCAUCGUUGCUUCUACAUGGACGGAUCGUUUAUAUUGGCAUGCCGUUGGUUCCAGCAGUUACCGAGCUUAUUGUUGCCCAGUUGAUGUACCUUGAUUGGAUGAAUAGUAGUGAGCCUGCAUAUAUAUACAUCAACUCAACAGGAACGGCUCGUGAUGAUGGUGAACCAGUUGGAAUGGAGACAGAAGGUUUUGCUAUAUAUGAUGCCAUGAUGCGGAUGAAAACUGAGGUUCACACACUUUGUAUAGGAGCUGCAGCUGGUCAUGCCUGCCUUGUCCUUUCAGCAGGGAAGAAAGGCAAACGCUAUAUGUUUCCCCAUGCCAAAGCUUUGAUUCAGCAACCUCGUAUUCCUUCAUAUGGGAUGAUGCAAGCCUCUGAUGUUGUUAUUCGUGCAAAAGAGGUCGUGCACAACAGGAACACCCUGGUCAAACUUCUAGCAAGGCACACUGGAAAUCCACCGGAGAAAAUAGACAAGGUGAUGAGAGGGCCAUUUUAUAUGGACUCUUUGAAAGCCAAGGAGUUUGGGGUAAUUGACAAGAUCCUUUGGCGCGGUCAGGAGAAGUACAUGUCUGACAUGCUCUCCCCUGAGGAUUGGGACAAGGUUGCUGGAGUCAGAGGCCCCGGUGGAAUGUGAAGUUGUGCACUGGAACUCGAAUACUUGGUUAGGCCUUUGAGCUCGCAGUCGCAGGGGCUGAACGAACAAUCUUGCCUGUCGACAGGUUGUCAGAGCCGAGGGUACCUAUUGUACGGACUAUGGACAAGCUAGAUUAGAACUUGGACGAUCAUGUUAGUGCGUAUGUUCUCGGGAUUGGAGCUAGCGAGUGUUUUGGGUGGAGCUAUUGUUGUUGGUCUGCUCGUUUGCCAGUCCAGGUUUUGGUACUCUGCUCACUGUUGGUGCAUAGUGUACACGGUUUAUGGACCCAAAGGGGUGGAUGAGGAAAACAACCGAGAUGAAAAUGUUAUCAGCACGAA